UCUAGAUGUGGAUUCAGGUUGUCUCUUAUAUAAUACAAGAGGACAUGCCGUUCCUUUGGCCGACGAUUGGUUAUCUGUCGAAGACUACAGCUCUGCGUGAACUCGUCUGCGGAAUAUUGGCCAUCAGGUUCAUGUGCAUCGUGUACGCCAUCAUAUUGGUGCCUUACGUUGCGGCCGGAUUCAAGGAACUUGCCCGAAUGCCCAAGCACAUUUGCAGCGCCAUCAACGGUAUUUAUCUGCUGUACAUAAUGGUCACCGAAUGCCUGAGAGAAAUCCCUAUUAUGGUGCCGUUGUACUAUCUAGCGUUCGCUCUGAUUUGCUUCCUCUACAUGUCCGUUUGCAUGAAAUGCAUUUUGAUGGGUUUGAUGGAGGCUUUCCCAUUGAUUUAUCGUUUGAGAAACUCCCUGAGGAUCAUCUUCAUAUUCGUGUGGACCUCCGUUUCCAUAGCAAUCAUCUACGUGGACGUGCUCAGAUUGAUGUACAUCAUCCAAUUGAGAAUCUUCUACGUCGUCAGCAUGGUUCUGCUGAUCUUCUCGGCGAUGGGUCUCGGGAUCUACGGAUUGAACCGGAUCGACGGUGAUUACUACUUUCUGCACAACAAACACUUCUUCGCCAUUAAAAACUUGAAGAUAACACUCGUAUUCCUGCUGAUGAUUUCCAUUGCUUUCAUCUUCGAAAUGUACCGAACUUACAACCAGUCUGUGUACAUCUUUUACAUGCUUGCGUUAAUCUGUUUGAUGCCAAUACCCAUAGGCGCUUUUUUAAAUCGCAAACACGGUUGCAACAUUUCUCCCGAUUGGACUCCCGUACAUUCGACUAUGAAAGCCCGAAGAUUGUUCAACACGAAGAACAUGUACGUAUAUCGACAGGAAAAAGCGUGCAUGCACGUCUGUCUGAAGAACGACGAGCGGCUGAAGAGAGAAAUCGCUUCAAUGCUUUAA